CUCCUCUACGAUCCGCCUGUAGGCCGGAAGUUGCUUAAGUCAUCCCCCUCCUCGUGAGCGGAAGUAUCUUCUAGAGCUGAGGUUUCCCGGGCUGCGAGCGCAGGGUCUCUUCCUUUUCACUCCGACGUUGGGAAGGGACAGCAUGCCGACUAAAGAUGAUAAGAAGAAGAAAGACGGGGCUAAAGGAGGGAAAAAGGACAAAGACCCAGUGAACAAGACUGGGGGGAAAGCCAAAAAGAAGAAGUGGUCAAAGGGAAAAGUACGGGACAAGCUCAACAACCUGAUCCUCUUUGACAAAGCCACUUACGAUAAACUUUUGAAAGAGGUUCCCAACUACAAACUCAUCACACCUGCAGUUGUCUCUGAAAGACUAAAGAUCAGGGGUUCUCUGGCCAGGGCUGCACUUCAAGAACUCCUUUCAAAGGGUAUGAUUAAGCUGGUAUGCAAACACAGAGCUCAAGUAAUCUACACACGGAACACCAAGGGAGGUGAUGCGCCAACUUCUGUAGACGAUAUAUAAGGUUCUGAGAUGGAUUACGAGUGAAGAUAUGUAUACAAAAAAAAAUAAAAUGUAGAAUACCCAUGA